CUCUUAUUCUUUUAGCUCUCUCUCUAUAUAUAAAAAAAUGUGUUGGCUAAGUUGGCAAUGAGAAAAUUCCAUAAAAGUUGCUCCUUCACAAGUCAUUUUCACGUUCACUUCCCUGCAAAUCAAUCUUCCCCACUACAACCAUGGAUCACCCAAAAAAUCGAGUCGUAAUUGGUCAUAGUCACCAUAUUAUUAUGUAUAUCAUUCUGUUAUUUGGUCUACUUGUUAUUUCUAUUAUCAUCUUGACUUCACAAAGCAACAUCCCCUUCUUCCCUUUGCAACUCUCAAUCUCCAACCCCUCAAAACCGCUACAUGAGCAGGUGAAUUAUUAUAAAGAUGAUCUUGAACGAGCAUUGGCGGGAGCAUCAACAGAGAACAAGACGGUAAUAAUAACUGUGGUAAAUAAAGCAUACGUAGAAGGAGAUCAUAAUAACAAGCCAAUGCUAGAUCUAUUCUUAGAUGGUUUUUGGCAUGGAGAAGACACCAGGGAAUUAGUGAAUCACCUUUUGAUUGUUUCCAUGGAUCAAACCUCUUAUGAACGGUGCAAAUUCCUACAUCUUCAUUGUUACAAGCUCCAAACGGACGGUGUCGAUUUUGCUGGAGAAAAAUUAUUCAUGUCUCAAGAUUUUAUCAAGAUGAUGUGGAGAAGAACUUUGUUCUUGGGUGAUGUUCUUAAAAGAGGUUACAACUUCAUCUUUACGGACACUGAUGUGUUAUGGCUUAGGAAUCCAUUUCUAAACUUGUACUCGAAUAAAAUUAUAGACCUUCAAAUCAGUACAGACAAGUUCAACGGAAGUCAAUGGUCUGAAGGUAAUCCAAUAAACACAGGUUUCUACAUGAUCAAAUCAAACAUCAAAACCAUUGCAUUGUUGGAUGCUUGGUAUGCUGGAAAAGACAAAGCCACAGGAUGGAAAGAUCAAGAUGUUUUGAUCAAGUUAAUGAAUGAUGGACUGUUCAAAUAUUUGGGCCUUACUGUUAGGUUCUUGGACACCCUUUAUUUCAGCGGUUUUUGUGACGAUAGUAAAGAUGUUAAUGUUGUUGUGACUGUUCAUGCCAAUUGUUGUCGGAGUAUAAGUGCCAAAUUGGCUGAUCUAACGGCUGUCCUUCAUGAUUGGAGAAGAUUUAAAAAUACGCCGAUUGCGAAUCAGACAUCGACAUCUGGAUGGACUCAACAUGUGAACUGUUGGGAUUCUUGGAAAAACUAAUGAAAAAUUUAGGCCUAAUUAAUUUAGAGUCAAUUAUUAUGAUACUAAUACAAUCUUUCUAGUAAAGUAUUACUAUUAUGGAA